AGUACCAUUAUAAACAACAACAGAAACAGCAUCCACCACUUAUUCUUUAGUUUCUAUCAGAUUCAAUCACUCUCUUUGAUUGUUCCUCAAAGUGAAACUGAAAAGAAUGGCUUUCUCCAACUCCAUGGCCUUUUUAGCUACGGUUCUUGUACUACUACCUAUGGCUACUUUUGCUGCGGACUGGCCAGAUAUAUCUCCUACUGCUGCAAAGGAAAUAUGUAAAGAAGUGGAGUGUGGAAGAGGAACAUGCAAUUAUAACUCCAGUGCGCCAUUACUCUAUACGUGUGAGUGUGAAACUGGAUGGAAGCGAACCGCCGAAGGAAACGAUACUCUCAAGUUUCUCCCUUGUGUCAUCCCUGACUGUACCCUGGACUACACCAAUUGCCAAGCACCCCCUAAAGUUCCAGAUUACACACAACUUCCAAGCAAUUUAUCUGCAUUUGACCCUUGCAACUGGGUUUACUGCGGAGAAGGUACAUGCGUAAAGAACUCAACCUAUGUGUACACACCGGAGUGUAAAUGCAACUCAGGGGCGUCGAAUCUUCUCAACGUCACAGUAUUCCCAUGCUACAGUGAAUGCACACUUAAACCCGACUGUGAACGCCUUGGAAUCACAGUUGCGAAUUCGACUACCAAUUCAACUACCUCUUCUGACGGGAAUGACAGUAAUAAAGCUACCGAGUUUAUGCCAGGAAAAUUCCAGCUGGUGACUAUAGUGAUGGUGUCUGUGGGUAUGAUCCUGUGGAAAUAGGGUGGAUAAUGCUGUCAUACAAGAGAUUGCGCCGUACAUUUGUUCCAGUUUCAUCAUACAUGAGUUUGAAAUACUAGGUCUAGGUUAAUUUGAUUGUUGUAACAUUCCUUGAUCUUUCCCCAGUUCUUCAUUUUGUGUUUGUAUCAACAAGUCAAAACACAGUCAUACGCUGAUGACUGUCAUAUAUAUUGACCACUAAACUUUGUAGAAAGAUAGUUAUGA